CACGGCGGCAGAGGGCGCAGGCGGCUGGGCUAGCCCGGCGCGUCGACUGUUGGGCCGUUGCUCUCGGACCCCGGCCCUGGCUCUGGCCCUGGCUCCGCGAUGGGAGCUGUUCCCUGGAGGCUGAGCUUGUCAGCAUCCUCGACCGGCUCUCCCCGCUGAAGUCAGAGAAGAAUCCCUGCCCACCCACACCCUUCUUGCCCCGUCUUGGGGUCGCCCCCGCCUAUCCUGUCCUCAGCCCUAUUGGCCGCCUAGUCCGACAAAAGAGCAGCACGAUGAUACUGGUUUCGGUGCUGGGGAGCGGACCCCGGGGCGGGACACCACUUCGGCCUCUCUUGGGGCCCGCACUCUCGCUCCGGGCGCGCUCUACAUCAGCCACCGAUACCCACCACGUGGAGAUGGCACGAGAGCGCUCCAAGACUGUCACCUCCUUUUACAACCAGUCGGCCAUUGACGUGGCUGCGGAGAAGCCAUCAGUCCGUCUCACUCCGACCAUGAUGCUCUAUGCAGGCCGCUCUCAGGAUGGCAGCCACCUUCUGAAAAGUGCCCGGUACUUGCAGCAGGAGCUGCCAGUGAGGAUCGCUCACCGCGUCAAGAGCUUCCGCAGCCUUCCUUUCAUCAUUGGCUGCAACCCCACCAUCCUGCAGGUGCAUGAGCUGUACAUCCGUGCCUUCCAGAAGCUGACAGACUUCCCUCCGAUCAAGGAUCAAGCGGACGAUGCCCAGUACUGCCAGCUGGUGCGACAGCUCUUGGACGACCACAAGGACGUGGUGACCCACUUAGCUGAGGGCCUGCGUGAGAGCCGGAAACACAUUGAGGAUGAGAAGCUUGUCCGAUACUUCUUAGACAAGACGUUGACUUCAAGGCUUGGGAUCCGCAUGUUGGCCACACAUCAUCUGGCGCUACAUGAGGACAAGCCUGACUUUGUUGGCAUCAUCUGCACUCGCCUCUCACCAAAGAAGAUUAUUGAAAAGUGGGUGGACUUUGCCAGACGUCUGUGUGAGCACAAGUACGGCAACGCCCCCCGAGUCCGCAUCAAUGGACAUGUGGCUGCCCGUUUCCCCUUCAUCCCGAUGCCACUGGACUACAUCCUGCCCGAGCUGCUCAAGAAUGCCAUGAGAGCCACAAUGGAGAGUCACCUGGACACUCCCUACAAUGUCCCGGAUGUGGUCAUCACCAUUGCCAACAACGAUAUCGAUCUCGUCAUCAGGAUUUCAGACCGGGGCGGGGGAAUCGCUCACAAAGACCUGGAUCGAGUUAUGGACUACCACUUCACUACAGCUGAGGCCAGCACCCAGGACCCCCGGAUCAGUCCUCUCUUCGGCCACCUGGACAUGCACAGUGGCAGCCAGUCGGGACUCAUGCACGGUUUUGGCUUCGGGCUGCCCACAUCACGGGCCUACGCGGAGUACCUCGGUGGUUCCCUUCGGCUGCAAUCCCUGCAGGGCAUUGGCACGGAUGUCUACCUACGGCUCCGUCACAUCGAUGGCCGGGAGGAAAGCUUCCGCAUCUGACCCCGCAGCCCUUGGCCUGCUUGCCUGCCCAGGCUGGGCCACAUACCCUGGCAGGACCUUCCGGGCCCAGCAGGGUGCCACCCUGCUCCACAUACUGCUGCAUCUGGGGUCUUAGGGCCCCAAACAGAUGGACUUACAUGGAGCCAGGCACUGCCCCUCCUCAAUAGGGUCUACUGCUUCCCUGCCUCCAGGCCUCAGAGGGGAGGAAGUGGGGACCCUUGGGGUCUCCAGCACCAGCUCCAUCAUUCUUGUUCCUGGAGAACCCCCAUUUUGAUCUGCUGUUUGUUAUUAAAGUUCACAUUUUGAAUGCC